UUUGCAGCAUAAAUUAUUGAAAAAUUGAUCAUAUAUUAUUGCAAGAAUGAAUAGAGAAAGAAUCCUGCGAAAUCCUAGAUUCUCAAGAAAUCGAAGAGCUUUCGAAAAUAACUUUCUGAACUUGGAUCAAGAAAAUGAGAGCUACUAUGAUCCUUCAAGAGAUAUAGAUUUUGGAUAUCGACAAGAUCAGAGAAAUAAAUACCCAAAAAGGACAGGUAAUUAUACACAUAAGAAAAGAACAAGGCGUAGAAAUAUUGAAAGAAUAGAGCCUGUAUUCCACGAUUUUACUCAAAGAAAUCAUGAUCCCAGAUACUUUAAUCACUCUCGAGGAGAUUCUAUUGAUAGCUAUCAACUUCCAAGAGAGUCUAGGAAGGAGGAAGAGCCUCGAUUUCAUACAAAGAAGCCUCGAUAUGACACUGAAUCAGCUUUGCAAAAAUCAUCAAAAUCUUCUAUUUCAUUAAAUUCUUCUAAAACUGAAGGAAAUGUUUUUAAAUGCCCUCACUGUGGACAUCUUGGGAAGACCUUAAUUAAAGCCAGAUGGUCCAUGUUCCACUGGAUUUUCAUAUCUAUUCUUUGCUCAUUAGGAUGAUGACUAUGUGCCUUAAUCCCUUUAUGAUGCUCAUUCUACAAGAUCCAUGAAAGAAAAUGCCGCAAAUGCAAGAAGACAAUUGAGAUUUUGAAAAAGAACAAAAGACAAAUUCCAAAUUAAAUAUACAUGUGAUUUAAGUCUUACCCCA